GGCCAUUUCGUCCGUCUCCGUCUGCAACGUCUCCCCCUAACUCACCUCCCCCGCUCCCUUCGAUAUUCCGAAGUCAGAAUCCCUUCCUUCAUGUUAAUGGCGUAGUAGCCGUAGUGUAAGGGGACCAAUACCCAUACCAAUCCCAAUCCCAAUCCCAAUUCCUUUCCAGCUAGCCAGCCAAAGCACACAACACAGCACAAGAGUGCGAGCGCGUGCGUGCGCGCGCGCACCUGCCUUGUGUAAUAUUUUUUUGCCACAAAAAAAAAAAAAGAGUAAAGAUAGACACCAUGGCGGCACUUAUUAAAGUAAGCAUAGUACCUUCCAUUCGCAGCAAGAAACCGUACUUUAUAGAUAAGAGGGGGUGCGCAGGAUAAGUAAUAAUAGCAGAAGCAACAGUAGCGGGAGUGUUGGUGCUGGUGCCUCCACGAAGGCUGCUGUAAUGGUGGAGGUGGGGUUGAUGGCGAAAACCAAGGGAUCGGUGGGCCUCAGUAGUAGUAGAGGCGACAAAGGAGAGCGAUUGUCGGUAGGAUGGAGGGAUGGUUGGAGGCUACUAUCAUGCGCUUAUUUCGGCAUUGCUUACCCCAAUGCGCGCUUCCGUAGAGAUGUGGUGUCUCUCUCUCCCGCUCAAAAAGCCUUCUCUUCUGCUUCUUCUUCUGGAUCGAACGAAGGCCUUGUGGCCGACAUGGGUUCUGAGAAUAAGGACUACCGGACCGACAAGGACCGGUUGCCGUCGCUGCCGUUGAAUCAAAAUCACCACCACAACCACCUAUUGCAACAGCUACAUCCUCCCAAAUUGCUUACAUUACCUACAAUCUUGACGCUUGGUCGCGUUGCCGCCGUCCCGCUCCUUGUUUGCACAUUUUACGCGAAUGAUUGGUGGGGAAAAACUGCAACAACCGUUAUUUUCAUUGCUGCAGCAAUUACAGAUUGGCUUGAUGGUUACAUUGCCCGGAGGAUGCGAUUAAGCACAGCAUUUGGUGCAUUUUUGGAUCCUGUAGCUGACAAGGUUUGAGCUCCUCCCUAUAAUCACCUCCCCACCACCCCCCCGGCCC